CGUUUUGCUUCCUUUGCUUUGCCCUUUUUUGAAGGAAAGACAAGUGCAUUUCCGUCUGCCAUUUUGAACAAUCAAUCCUUUUUUAUGCUUUGAAAAACUGCUCCCGACGGAGAUGGAUGCGAAGAAUGGGCAAAAUAAAGAAAAGAAAGUGUUUUUUUGGAAAUGAAAAAGUGUCGAGCAGCUGCCAAACCCUUUGCCCUUUCUUUUUCACGCAAAAGUAUAUUUUAAACUAAAAAAACAACACCAGAAAUGACUGAAAUUUUUGUUUAACAAGGCAUUCACUUUAAUGCCAAAGUUUGCUUUUUAAAAACAGAUGGGUUUAGUAUAUCGGACAUUUAAAUUUCAUCAUAUACAUACAUAUUCCUCUUAACAUUUUUAAAAAUAAUUUAAAAUUUAAAUGAUACAAAGUGCCGAACUUCCUUGUUCACUUAGACCCAAAAAACUAGACAUUCGUCGACUAUUGCUUGCCCACUUUCAUUGGAAAUGCCUUAUUUGUUCCUUGUUGAUAAGCUUAUGUUCUAUUCACAUUAGUUAUUGCCAGAUUUAUGGGCCUAAAGGUAUUCAAGACGCAUUAAGUCAAUCAGCUCCUGGGCCCUGCUCACAUGGAUAUGAUCUGAUUCCAAUGGCAUUAGCUGGAUUACUAUAUGCAAUUUAUCUGAGCGAAUGCUGGCAUUAUCGAACGCUUUUGGGUAUUAUACCUCGGAUGGGUGCCAGUCAGGCUAAGGACCUCGCAUCAGCAAUGAGAGAUGCCGUCCCAAUUGUUUGGUGGAAAAGUACGAGCUAUCACUAUUUGCGUAGAACUCGACGAAUAAUUCGGUUAAUAUGA